CUAAACUACGAAGAAAGCAAUGAAGAUAGCAAAGAGAGCGAGGAAGGUAUUGAUAAGCGUCAAGAGCAUGAACAAGAGAAGGAAAAUUUCUUUAGAAAACUAAAACACCAUCUCCAAGAGAGUGAAGAGGCUGAACCAUUUAGACAAGAAAAGAAACAAGAAGAAAAAAGGUACUACAUUGGUGAAGAAAUGGUGGAUGGGAUGAAAAGAUACUACCCAAAGCUGGCUCAGGAAAAAGACUUGAGACAAAAUGAGCAAAGUAAAAAUCGUUAUAGAGAAGACAGCGAGGAAUCAAAUUUCCCAGACAAUGAAAUGUACAAACGAAAGUUUUAUGCUGAAGAAGAUAGAAGGUCUUUUUUAAACAACAUGGGCUCUCCCAAGCGAGGACCCUCAGAGGUGUGGCAGAGCAGAUACUUUGAGAACGCUGACAACAGUGAAGAAGACAGGAGAGAAGCUUACAGGUCAAAAACAUUUUUCCAGAAUAUGGUGAUUAUGAUUUAUGGGGAAAAAGGCAAUUUCUUGAAGAUGUGAACCAUCGGUAUGGUGAGAACAGAAGCCCUGCUAAAUGCACAAAUUGGAAGAAAAAAGAGAGUAUGACAGGAUGGAUGAAUUGGCUCAGCUUCUAAAUUACAAGAAAAAGUCUGUCGAGUUUCCAGAUUUCUAUGACUCUGAAGAGAUAAAAAAGCGUCACUACGAUGACAGAGGGAGAUUCAGAGAGAGGCCUUUAACUGAAGAAGAGGAGAAAGAAUUGGAGAACCUGGCAAUUAUGGACAUGGAGUUGCAGAAGAUUGCUGAAAAGCUAAGCAAUAACAGACAAGGCUGA